CUCAUAACAACAAUCCAAAAUGGCAAACCAAACUGGAAGUGGCCAAAAGGCCCAAGAACGCCUCUCACAAGUCACCAACCAUUUGAGCAGCUCCUCGAAAUCUGGAAAGCAAGCUCUACUCGAGCAACACCCCGAUGAUCAUCUUCAUUCUGCAGUGCUGCGCCCCGCCUGGCAUCUGGAUCCUGCAGUAACAUCACUGAGACCCGAGUUAAUAUAUUGUCAGAUUGUCGUAACCUGCGCUCUCCGCACACCCAUCACGAAAGGCGGCCGUGGUGGCUUCAAGGACACGCAAGCGGCUGAUCUCUUGCACGGUGCCUUCACCUCCCUCAUCCAACGAUCCGGUAUCGACCCCGCGCUGGUUGAGGACAUUGCUGUCGGAGCCGUGCUUGCUCCUGGGGGCGGUGCCACCGAGUUCCGCGCUGCAGCCCUCGCAGCUGGCUUCCCUGUCUCCACAGCCGUCAAGUCCCUGAACCGACAAUGCAGCUCUGGUCUCCAGGCCUGUGUUGACAUUGCAAACGCCAUUCGUGCGGGCGUCAUCGAGGUCGGCAUCGGUGCUGGCGCGGAGAGCAUGAGCACACAAUACGGACCACAGGCUGUGUCAGAGUUCAGUGAGCUGCUGGAGAGCCACAAGUCCGCGGCUGAGUGCAAGGUUCCCAUGGGCGUCCUCUCUGAGAAGAUGGCCAAGGAGAAGGGGAUUUCUCGCGCGGAUCAGGACAAAUUCGCUGCUUCCUCGUUCCAGAAAGCCGUCGAGGCACAGAAGAAGGGUCUCUUUGAUGAGGAGAUUGCACCUCUCAAGGUCAAGUGGACAGACCCUAAGACCGAAAAGGAGCAGACUAUCACUGUCAGCAAGGACGAUGGUGUUAGGGAGGGUAUCACCCCAGAGAGUCUGUCCAAGAUCAAGGCCGCUUUUGCCAAAGACGGCUCGAUCCACGCAGGCAAUGCUUCCCAGAUCUCUGAUGGCGCCGCUGCCGUUCUCCUGAUGAAGCGCAGCACCGCUCAACGCCUGGGCCAGAAGAUCGUGGGCAAGUUCGUGCAAGCAUCCAUCGUCGGUGUACCACCGCUUCUUAUGGGUGUUGGCCCCGCUGCCGCCAUCCCCGUUGUGCUCCAGAAGACCGGCCUUAACAAAGAUGAGGUUGAUAUCUGGGAGAUUAACGAGGCGUUUGCCAGCCAGUGCUUGUACUGCAUCAACGAUCUCGGCAUAGACAUUAAGAAAGUCAACCCCAAGGGCGGUGCUAUUGCCUUUGGUCACCCGUUGGGUGUUACUGGUGCCAGGCAAGUCAGCACGCUUCUUACCGAAUUAAAGCGGACGAACCAGAGGAUUGGUGUUACUAGCAUGUGUAUCGGAACUGGUAUGGGUAUGGCUGCUGUUUGGGUCGCCGAGUAGUCUCGUCCAUCUAUCUUGUAUCUUUGCUGUACACUGUAUGAGUAGUUUAAAAUGAACAUUCAUGACGCCGUUUCUCUCAAAAAAAUCGUCCCGAAUUAUUUCUUGCAAACAUUUGAAGUACUCAUAUGCGCUCUCAAGUUCAUCUAUUAGGAAUUUCCACACAUGCUCCACCCCCAUCCCCAUCAUCCCUCUCUCAACCGAGCCACGUUCCAGAAUUAUGUACCAUCCCCCCACCAUCUG